UCAGGAAUGGUUCAGCGGGGGGAUAUCUCGGGCCUCCUGUUGUUGGUCUGUUUGGUUGGGCGAAACCAAUGUGCUUAGUUAGUGUUCCCUGCCUGCCGGAGUUUCAGAGCUGGAGAUGUUCUCGGUGUGUGCCGUGCAUCCUAAUUCAACUUGUUGUAAUUAUAGCGACCAGAGGAAAACGCGCGCGUCGGGGUUUUUGUGGAGGCCGCUUGUGCGAGUAUAUGGCCACAACCGUGCUGGAAUCCGUCGUGCUCUACCCCAGAUCUACUAGGGCAGCAAGGAAAACCAUAAAAGCGAUUUUAGUCUAAAACUGUGCUCGGCUGACUUUGGAAGCAGUUUUGCCAAAGCUCCCGGAUCCAGAACUGUGACGUGGGAAUCAACCCUUUCCGAAUAUCCUCGGUGUUGGUGCUGACCAGAUCCUGCGGUGCAAAUCAGUAAUAACGAUAAAACCGAUUUUGCGGAACAUUUUUGACAACAUUUUCGCGGAGAGGUCAACGGCAAAAAACGUGUUCCAGAGUGUGGGAUUGACCAACGGAAUAAAAAUCGCGCGUCCAUUAUAGAGUCCUUAAUAGAGUAAAGUGGUUGUUUUUUUUUACUCUUCCCGCGUUGGUUUUGGCCAACCUCCUGCCAACCAGUUGUGACUGUGUGACUGUGAGUGGUAUUGGGGGAAAAAAGUGACGCCUUCGGUGGAUGUAUGUGUGGCCACUGGAGCACGCCACUCUAGGGAUCGUGGCCCAGCCAGUGUUGCGGUGGUUAAAAGCUUUUUCCUCGCCGAAUUCCGGUUUUUGGUUUUUCAUUCUCCCAUUUUUUUUCUGCACACGUUGGUGCAAUUCGAUUUUCGGCCUCCACAGUCAGUGGGAACAACCUUCACGUGUGAAUUCCCCAAACGAACGCGCGACAUCGACGGUGAUAUUGCUGCUGAUGGAAAAAUAGUCCAAGUGCGAACAGGACCAUAAAAACCUCAACGAGAGCCAACACGCGCGAUUACGCCGACAGAGAGCAGUGGGAUUUUUCGCCACCAGCACUCAUCCUGACAAAAAUGUGAAGUGCUGCGAAAAAAAACUCGUGUGUGAAAAUAUAUUUAUUUGUGAUUUGAUACGGACACCGCAGAGUGGUGGUCCAAGGGGUGAUACAAUUGUGUGUUAAGUGACGAAUUCACGGCAGGCAUUCAAACCAGAAAAAAGAGUUCAACUCCCGUGUUAUCCCGUGUUGUUGUUUUUGUUUUAUAUUUUUUUGAACACGGCCACGGAAACCUCGACACGGAGGUUGCUUCACACCCUCGAUUCACACCCAGUGUUCAAACAAGUGACAGAGUGAUUCAAUCCAUCUCCCGCGCUUCUGGCCGACAGCUGGACUCGUCGAGAUAAACCGUAAACCGCAGUCGAAUACGUGUGUUGUACACUAUUGAGCAACCACCGCCGCGGCUAGCCUUCACCGAAAGGAAGGACAUCUGAGCUUCCGCUGUAUCUCGUUUGUGAGAACUCAACAUCAUGAAGUGAAGCUCAAUGCAGACACCUAACCAUUUUCUGAUGUGAGAAUUAAAAAAAACUUGUUAAAAUAGCGUACAAAUAGAAUAAGCAUUGUGUACAAAGGAACAAAACGCCCCCGUCCGCAAACGCGAUAACGGCAUAAAUCAAAGGGAAUUGAUAUUAAAAAUGCAUUUGACUGCGAACAAUACGACGACAAACAGCGGCAGCUCGAACGGGAAUGCAGUCGGCAGCAAUACCAAUGGUGGUGGAAGCGGGGGUGGGGGAAGUGGUGGAAGUGGAGGAACCAAUAGCAGUAGCAAUAAUAACAACAGCAGUAGUAGUAAUAAUAGCAACAACAAUGGCAACGGCAAUGGCGCAGCAGCUGGAGAAAAUGGUCCACCGUCGGCCGCCAGCAUACUGCAGGACACCUACACAAAGAUGACGUCCGAUAUUCUGGCCGAACGGACGCUGGGCGAUUUUCUCUCCGAGCAUCCGGGCGAACUGAUUCGAACCGGGAGUCCUCUGUUUGUUUGCACGGUGCUGCCACCGCACUGGCGAUCGAAUAAAACACUUCCGGUUGCGUUCAAGGUCGUCGCGCUCGGUGACGUCGGCGACGGGACAAUGGUGACGGUUCGUGCCGGUAACGACGAAAACUACUGCGCCGAACUGCGAAACUGCACAGCUGUGAUGAAGAACCAAGUGGCCAAAUUCAACGACCUCCGGUUUGUAGGGCGAAGCGGACGAGGUAAAAGUUUCACCCUCACCAUAACGAUAUCAACGAGUCCUCCCCAAGUUGCCACCUACAACAAAGCCAUCAAGGUGACCGUCGACGGACCUCGAGAGCCCCGGUCGAAAACAAUGUUAUCACCGCUUCUUCUAGGGCAACAGCAGCAGUUCCACUUUGCCUUCGGUCAGCGGCCGUUCCAUUUCCCGGCGGAUCCACUGUCCAGCUUCAGAAUGCCACCCAUAGACAUGUCCCAAUUCGGACUAGGAACGGCCAACUCACACUGGAGCUACAGUUCGACAGGCCCGUACUCACCCUAUCUGACGUCCUGCGCCACGCCAACAGCAGCUCAGUUCAACAACCCUGCCCUAGGCUUCACCUGCUCAAGCGGCGAGCAAAACGCAGGUCAGGACUUCACCAGCACCGGAAGGGACUGCGUUCCAAUGCUUCCGGAUUCGACGGCAGCUGACUUGGACCAGCAUCUCAGUAGUCUCGUAGGAACGCAACAAACCGCUCAAAUGACUCAUCCCAGUUUGAUGACUACCAAUGGCAGCAGUAAUACCCCCGGAAACGGUACCAAUGGGAACGGAGUUACAUCCCAAGCGAAUAGCAUCACGACAACCAACGGUUCCAACGGACUUCUAGUUCCUCGUUAUCAAAGCAAUUCAAGCAACAACGACUACACCCUACAUACUAGUCAAAGCGGGCCACGAAGUCUAAGUGACUCAUCACAAGCAGAAUCUCCAGUUCAGGAGGAUCUUCUAUCGUCGAACACUCCAAACUUGGGAGGUGCCGCCAACCAAAACUUCUCUAGUCUAGUUGUCAACCAAAGCCAAUCCAACUAUGGCGCCAGUGGUGGAAGUUGCAACGGCUCUCUCUACCCGGUUCUUCCAGCGAGUUUGCUUUACUCCCAACUUUACACAGCAGCCAAUCAAACCCACGGAUUCCACAACCACCCUCUUCAGAAUAGCCAUUCGACUUCACAGAACGCAUCCAUGCAUGCUGGAGAGCUUCAAAGUGUAAUGGAUCAUCUAACCUCAUCCACAGCUAACGGUGGUCGACAACAUCCAAAUCUGAUGACCAACAAUCCACACACUGAUCUUUCCUUGAUUGGAAACUGCGGUGCCAUGGCUCGUGGAGCGCUGGAAGAACCAGGUGCUAGGGCUCUGGCUGGAGGUCGUGGUGUACCACCUCAAGGGCAAGUCCAAUCCGAAAACGGGAACUCCGUCUGGAGGCCAUACUGAGGAAAGCUUCAACCGUAGGGCUUAAGUGCAAUAUAAGUGAUUUCUUCAAAAUGUUCUGAUUGUUAUCUCCAAAGAAUGUGUUAACUGUUCUCUAGUUCUGUUAGUGUAUGAUUCAUUUGUGUUGAUACGUUAAUUUUCCGCAAUAUUUGUAAAUACUGAUCUUCAUCGGAGAGCAUUUGAACCCACGGUUGAUGUACACUAACUUCUACAUGUUAUUCCGUACUAUGAAAUUAAGCUAAAGCUAAAUGAUUGAUGAUUAGGUAGCAGUGCUGUCUUUUCUUGUCAUUUGAUAUGCAAUGAGAUGUAUACCGUUGUAAGACAAAUUAGUGUAACGAUUCAUUCAAUUCGAAAUGAAACAAUGAAUUUAAAUUCAAUGGGAACUCCAGCCAAAAUUUACCCAGUAAACCAAAUCCCAAGUACUUGUAGUUACCGUAGAUAAGCAGUCCACCACUAUUCCAGAACUUCCCUUAUUUUCUAUGAAGAACAAACCGAAGAGACCGUAGCCAAAACGUAGAGAAAUGAUGAGACAUUUAUAGAAAUAAUAACUAGUAAAGCAGGACUGUGUUUCCUAUCUUGAUGUGAAGUCUUAUCAAAUUUAUGGUAGAUGGAUGUGAAACUGAACAAAAUUGUAAGAAAUUUCCGAACUCAUUCAUGUAAUGAGGAAGUGAAGAAACUCUGGUCAAAGAUGUUUUUAGAAUUUGUAGGAAUCUGACAUUUCUACGUUGUAAAAUAAUGCUGUGAAUCGAUUACCAAAUAAACGCUCAAAUCCAAUCCUGAA